GUGCCAGAGCCGUUUCAAGAGGCACCGGAGCCUGGGGAAGAGCCAGUGCCUUCCGGAGACCUCGCAAGCGUGCCGAGGGGUGAGGAGCCGCCAGAUCUGCGGCCGCGUGCAGAGCAGGUGGGAACGCAGGACUACAUCUUGGAAGUGUGGGAGCGGUACCAAGAUGCCGAGGGCCGGCAUUGGUUCUUUUGCCCCCGCAACAACGAUUGGUUCUACACUGACGAAGCCGAGACAUCAUGCUGGUAUCAGUUCUGUGACCCGAACACGCCUGAGACGUUGUGGUGGUGGAACUCGCUGACUAACCGUGCUUUCUUUGAGCCGUAA